AAUAUUAUACUCUCCCAGUGAAGACACGAGCACAUGGAGUAAGAGGACAUGAUCUGGAGAGGAAUGCAGCUAAAACAGAAGCAAAGAGUGAUGCAGUGAAUGAAUGCGAUGACGCUGAACCCUCAGAGAAGAGCAACAACAGCGCUAUAACCAACAGGAAAGGAACCUCAAAUGAGGACUUCACGAGGAACAAAGAAAAGGAAGUAAAUAAAGGACUGCAGCCAAUCAUUGAGGAGAUGAAGACACUCUCACUGUAUAAGAUUAAGAAAUCCAGACACAUGCCUGAUGAAAUCCUCAUCGAUCAGCUGUGUAAGUGCUGCUGGGUGAAGUGUCCGUUCUGCUCAGCUGUUUGCACAAACACCAUUGAAGAUCACAGUCCUGACGACCACAGCGUCCCUUUUCAUCGACCCUCUGGGAUCAACGGAUGGCACUCCAAAGGCACAGUGGAGAUGUCCAUCAAUUUCUGCACAACAAAUGUUGCAAGCAAUGGCAGUUUUUACCCUCAUUAUGACUCAGAGACAACCUUUCCCUACAAACAAUACAGACUUGCUGGUCCAGAAUACGCUAACUGGAGGAUCACCCCUGAUGACUCCAAACUGGCCUACUGGAAAUGGUUUGUGUGUCGAUUUCAAAAGCAACUGGAGGACUACUAUAAAAAAGAAUUCCAGGGGAGAGGAGCAAUUCCAUCUGAGUGGCACUCUAUCACUAAGGACCAAGCCAUUCAAAGUCUGGACGAAAUGUGUGAGUGAAUCAAUGCAACCAGUAACUCAUGAAUCCAAGCCUGAACAAACAGCUUUUACAGAUACAGUAUGUGAUUUUGUCUGUAGCUGAGAAAUGAGGAAACUCAGCAGACCACGAAAUGAAAAAGAUGGUUUGACUGCAAACGGUGUCUGAUUUCAAGUAACCUCAUAAACCAAAAACAGGGAAAAAGAACAAUAAUCAUAAUCACGUCCACAAAGUAGGAUUUGUAGAAAAUAACAACAUGUUCCUGCAGAUAAAGACAAACACAGAACAUGUCUUCACAAAUCAAUCACUGCUUCAUUGAACCUCACUUUAAUGUUUUUCUUUAUAUUUUUACUAUUUUAAAGUUUUAUACAGAUAAAGUUUUAUUUCUUAGAGGGAUGUAAUUUUUAAGCCUGUUUUCUAAUAUGCAUGAAAUGUGUACAAUAAAACAGUUUUAUGGGG